AUGCAGGAUCACAUCUACCCGAAGAGCACCAACAGCGCGGCCCAGUGGCUCACGGCAGCCGGCGCAUACCUACAGAACAGCACGGCGCUACAGGGCCUUUGGUCCAUGGGCUUCGACGACUGCAGCCCCUACCCCAAGGGGACGGUGGACCUGGUCCUACCGCUGCUGCCCGAAAGCCGGGGGAGGGCUCGCCGACAGGAGUUCGCCACCUUGCGGGGCCGAUGCGGGGACGCUGGCGGCCGUGGGAAGCUGGAGCACCUUCACCAGGGAGAGUUGGACCGGGCUUCUUGCGAGGAGACGUGUCGGCACGCCUGGAUGCGCUGUACCGGCUUUGAGUUUCAUGAACCGAAGGACAAGGAGACUGUCGGAAGGUGCAUCCACCUCUCGGCCAAGCAUCUGGGACAUGAGUCAGCUGGCGGCGCCAACGUCACCUGCCAUGUCGGGCUCGGGCCCCGGAACCCGCGGGAUCCCCGGCACCGCCCGCGCAGCACGCGAGGGCCGAUCUACCUGAGGAUGCAGAGGUAUCAGACGCGAGGACCUUUGGCCAUGCUGCGGUCACUGCUGCUACGGACGAGUCGCUUCAAGAUGCUUUGGCCCCUUCUUUGGGUGCCUGCGGAGGUGAACGCCUCAGUUCUUCCAAUGGAGCAGUUCUCCGUGAACAUCGACACCAUCCUCGAGAUGAGGAUGCUCGCGCCCCUGCACCCCGGGAGCCUCAUCCAGCCCAUCGCGGCCUUCCUCGCCCCCGAGCGCGUGGGCGGCGCCUGCGUCCACCAUGGGGUGCUGGCCACCAGCACGCAACAGGACCUUAUGGGCUCCCAAGAUGAAGCCUAG